AUGUGCUCCGCCGACAUCUUCCUUGCUUUCCUCGCCGUCCUCUUCCCCCCACUGCCUGUCUGGGUCAAGUGCGGAAUCUGCAGCGCAGACUCGCUCAUCAACAUUCUGCUCUGCGUCCUCGGAUACAUCCCGGGUCUUCUCCACGCCUGGUACAUCAUUGCCAAAUUCCCCGAGCCGCCCUACGAGUACGAGGCCGUCCCGAAUGAUCGCGAGGGCGGCCGUGUUACCUACGUCUACGUCCAAUGCCCGCAGGGCCACCACCAGACACAGAACCAGCAGCCUAAGCCGCAGCCUCAACCCCAGCACAGUGGCAAUAACAUGAACUACGGCACGCAGAACGCCUCCGCCUCGAGCCAGGCCCAACCUGCCCCUCAGCAGCAGGGUGUCACGGAUGCUGGCGAGGGCAGUUCUGAUAACCACGGUGUUCCCCCUUCGUACGCCGAGGUCGUCGCUGGAGACCACAAGAUUCAGUCAAGGGAUUAG